AUGGAAGAUCCUUCCCAUUUGGUCGGCAUGCAAAUGGAGGCUGUCAGGGAAACAAAGAAUAAUUGUGCGUGCAGUUUAGCACUAACACGUUCUAAAGAAAAGAUUCCAAAUAUGAACAACACAUCUGAUUUUGAACAAAAAAUCCCGGUUGAUGGUAUGACGUUUACUACAUGGCAUAAAGAAAUAAUGGAUGAAAUUGCCAAAAAGAAAUACUGUAGCCUUUUGAUGUUUGACGUUCCUACACCAUCAUUUACUAAGUCUAAAAGUAAGCUGGGUUCCCAGCUUACUAUUGAUUAUACAACUUCUUUGGAGAAUAGCAGUAUUCGUACGCAGGAUAAAUUUAUUUUCACUUCAUUUCUGGAGCCUAUGAGAGUUAAUCCCCAGCGUCCUCAUAAGAAUAAACAAAUUACCUUAUUAAAACAAGAUUCUUCAAAAAAUAAUGAAUCUAUAAAGACAUCUUUACAUCAAGAAAAAAGAAUUCGUCGCCCUCCAAAUUCUUUUCUUUUAUAUAGACGAGCAAAACAACCAGAAAUAACACGACAUUACGGUAGUAUUUCAAAUGCAGAAAUUUCAAGAAUACUAUCAGAACUUUGGCAGAAAGAGCCGGAUGAAGAAAAACUUCAUUGGCAAAACUUAGCAGACAAAAAAAAAAUGGAAUACAUGCUUUCAUCUCCGGACUAUCAUUGUCCAAAGAAGUUAAAAAAUCCCAAAAGGAAUCGUAAAUUGAAGGCCACAGAUUCGAAUCAAUUUCGAAAUAUAUUACCCGAAACCCAAGCUUGUGAUAAUGUAUAUUCGCUUUCUUCCGAAUAUAUUAUUACAACGGAUCCUAUAUUAUUUCCUUGUUUUUAUGACCAAUUUGAAAAUACAACCCCAACAAUAUUACCAUCAAUUUUUCCGAAAGAUGAUAGUUAUGGCAACAUAAUUAAUACCCAUAAUGAUAAUGCACAACAAUCAUUGACAGAAGCGACUUCUUCAAUUACUUGCAAUCAAAACAUCUAUCCUUACUAA